GAGAGAGAGAGAGAGAGAGAGAGAGAGAGAGAGAGAGAGAGAGAGAGAGAGAGAGAGAGAGAGAGAGAGAGACACCCCCUGGAGAAUAGCAGAAGACCCGGCCCCCGGCCUGAGUGUAAGAGAGAGAGAGGGUGAGGGAGCGUUUUAAAGCCGGCACAGGCAUGAUGUCCUACAUUAAGCAGCCUCAUUACGCCGUGAACGGGUUAACUCUGUCUGGCCCGGGCAUGGAUCUACUACACUCUGCCGUCGGAUACCCAAACAUCCCCAGAAAGCAGCGUCGGGAAAGGACCACAUUUACGCGCGCGCAGUUGGACAUCCUGGAGGCACUGUUUUCCAAGACGCGCUACCCCGACAUCUUCAUGAGAGAAGAAGUGGCCCUUAAGAUCAACCUACCAGAGUCUCGUGUACAGGUAUGGUUCAAGAACCGUCGUGCUAAAUGCCGCCAGCAGGCACAGCAGAGCACGGGCCAGUCUAAACCUCGUCCACCUAAGAAGAAGGCCUCUCCAGCCCGGGAGGCCAACUCUGAGGCCAGUGCCAACACCAACGGGUCCUACAGUCCAGCACCCCUUCCCCUUGGCACCGCCAUCACCCCCAGCUCCAGCAGUGCCAACGCGACCGUGUCCAUUUGGAGCCCUGCCUCCAUCUCCCCGCUGCCAGACCCCCUGUCAGCCUCCACCACACCCUGCAUGCAGCGCUCUUCUGCCUACCCCAUGACCUACACCCAGGCCCCGGCCUACACCCAGAGCUACGCAGGCUCAUCCUCUUACUUCACUGGCCUGGACUGCAGCUCCUACCUGUCGCCCAUGCACUCACAGCUCUCUGCCACAGGGGGUGCCCUCAGCCCCAUCACCUCUAUGGGUGGGCACCUAAGCCAGUCCCCCUCUCUGUCCUCACAGGGCUACACAGCCGCCUCGCUGGGCUUCGGGGCCGUCGACUGCCUGGACUACAAGGACCAAGCUGCCUCCUGGAAACUCAACUUCAACGCAGCUGACUGCCUGGACUACAAAGACCAGAACUCCUGGAAGUUCCAGGUCUUGUAGGUGGGAGGAGGUAAGGAAGGGACCAGCCAGGAGAAGCUCCCAUUCCAUUCAGUGUUAAAGACUUGGACACAUAGAUGGUCAACUAAUCAUUUCAGUCCAUGAACUCAUUGACUGAGUAAUAUGUCAUUAUUUCUUGUGUUAUGGACAGCAAUGUGGAAGCAUUGAUGUUGGAAUUUGUGAUUGUUGGGAAGGUGACAAGAAAUCACUGAUCACAUCAAAUCUAUUAUAUCCAAUCAAUCCAAUCAAUCUAUUAUAUCCAAUCAAUAUUGUCAAAUCUAUUAUAUCCAAUCAAUACAGCAUUAUCAAUGUGAGAAUGCACAAUCAACACAGUAUUAUCAAUGUGAGAAUGCACAAUCAACACAGCAUUAUCAAUGUGAGAAUGCACAAUCAACACAGCAUUAUCAAUGUGAGAAUGCACAAUCAAUGGUACAUUAAAGUAAUAAAGAUAGUCAUAUAGAAUUGAUGACAAACAAAUCAACACGAGAUACUAAAAUUGAAAACCGAUUUUAUUAAAAAGGACUACAUACCACACUAUUGAAAGCAAUACCUGUAGAAUGAAAUUGAAUACAUUUAUAAUUUGAUGAUUACAUUUAGAAAAAAAACUGCAUAAUUGACAAAGGUCCAUUCUUGUAUUCCAUAAUCAGGGUUUUGUGGACCAAAUGAACAGAGAUUGCGACUUGAAGGAUGAAUGGGGUAUAAAUUUGAUGGAGAGAAUGAACAAUUUACUUAAAAAGAGUAGAAAAUAGAAAAAAGAAGAUUCAAAUAUUGGUUGCAAUGGAUCCCAUCGUGCAGGUAGCUGAUAGUCAACCCCAAGUUGAUUUCUGAACAAGAUCUGUCACUCCUUUAGUGGUCUUGUUGUGCUUAAUGGUAACUGAAAACUAGAAAGGAAAAGUGGAAUUCAAUCCCCAAGAUGGGUGGGCUGGCCUUGACUUUUGACCAAAUUUGAUCCAGUGGUUAUUUUUGUCAUUACUUCAGAACAAUUGAAAGUUGUGUACAUUGUAAUGAAGAAAAUGACUCUGCCUUGAAUUUGAUAUUGAACAAACAGAGGGAGUUCCAGCCAUAGAUGAAGACUGACUCCAAUGGGGACAAUGUUGUUUUCUUUUUCCCUCUGUCAUUUGUUUUAUGGUUUAUUUUUGUUAUGAAGCUGCUUUUCAUAUUUGGUGAACAGAGAUCCUGGAGCCAAACAGACACACAGGCAGACACACAGACAGACACACAUACGUGCAUGUGUUUCUCAAUAAGCAAGAGGGGAUGGGUAAAGCAAGGAUAACCUUUGGUACUGUCAAGUAGAGACCAUAGUCUAUUGUUGUAUCCUUUUCCCCCAGUAGCUUUGAAGGGAGGGGACCCUCGGCAGACAGUGUGUUAGAGUGAAAGGGGGUAAGGGGGUAAGAAAGAGGGGCAGGGUUAGGGCUAUAGGGUUAGUAACAGACCUCUUGUCUUUAAGCACCCAUCAUGGAAUGAAUCACAUCUGGGCACAAGGCAUUCUGGGAUCUGCAAGGAUGACCAAUGUGUAGCCUUUGCGUAGAGUUUGUUGGGGGAGGGUGGACGACUAUGAUGAUUACGUCACUUAAAUACAACAUUUUCCCUUAAUGACUUAACAAACCCUGUUGCCGAAUAUGCUGUUACAAUGAGAUAUUUGCAGGAGAGAAGACAGUAGAAAGGGAAGGGUCUGGCCAUGACUGCGCUACCCUUGCACAGAAAGCACGGAGCUUCUCUCAGUUGUUACCUGUAAAGGAGCGAGGGGUACCAUUUUGUGUUGUUGUAUCGUUUAAUCUUUUUUUGUAUUAGACUAUAACAUAUUAUGUUUCUUUAAAUUUGUGCGUCCUUUGAAGUACAAUUGUGGUAAUUUGUUUGACGUUAAUAUUAUCAUUAUUAAUAUAAUUAUUAUUAAUUCCACAGCUCUUAUGAAUAUUGCUAUUAUUCUGUUUAUUUUGUUCUUUUUGUAAAUAUUAAACUUUACUUGAAAAUGCAA